AUGUUGAGACGCAAAUCGUCUACGAUAAGCAAUAGCUCCAAUAAAAAUGAUACGCAUUUGGCAAACAAUCAUUCCUUUGCUACUUCAACAUUGAACAAGGCCAAUGGUAAGGCAAUGAUUGAUGCAUUGAAAGAGAGCAGAAGACGUGCCUUUGGCGGUUUGCUUGGCAAUAAGAGAGCCUCGCUGGGCAACCUGAGAAAGUCCAAAUCAUCGACUACAGCAGAUAAUCGUCAAUCAUCAACCCGCCAAGCAGAAAUGCUAACUACCAUGGAUUUAUCCAUGAAGAGACGAUCCACAGGCUGCUUGAGAAGAGACUCAGUAUAUUCCAGCAAGAGCACAAAAUCCACAUAUUUCUCCAAUACAAAGGUUUGGAGAUCGCCAGGAUAUUAUGAAAUACCCAAUGUUUUUGGAAGUGAUUGUUUCCUGAAACCGGAACCUCUCAUUGAAAAGACAUACACCUUACGUACAGUCAAUUUGCAGAAACACAUAUCCAAACAUCCUUGGCGUCCAGCAGGCAAUUACACAGAGAUACCUCAACUACCGCCACUUGUAAGAACAGCAAACGAAUUCGAAAGAAAGAUAAGAAAAGCACUACCAAAAGUACCAGUAUCUUCGCUGGAUCCGCGUAAUAAAUACGACAGCUUCAAAGAAAUAGGCACAGGUGUAAAUGGUUCAGUCGUUAGAGCACAGCAUCGAUACAAGAAAAACGUCUAUUUGGCCAUCAAGCGGUGUCAUUUGGAUCCUGACCGUGAAUACAAGGCAUCCAUCAUCCGUGAAUUGCGCAUCAUGGCUACGGGUCACACAAAUCUCAUCCGACUACGAGAAGUUUCAUUGUGGAAGCAAGAUGUUUGGAUGGCCAUGGACUUGCAGCGCUGCUCUGUGUUUGCUGUACUCUGUCAACGUGGUAUUCCAGAGCAAUACGCUGUUCACAUUACAUGUGAGACGUUGAGGGGCCUUGCGUAUUUGCAUUCAAGACAAUUCAUUCAUCGCGACAUCAAGUGCGAAAACUUGCUUUUAGGGUGGAAUGGCGAAGUCAAGCUAGCUGAUUUUGGUCUUGCAACAAGAACAAGCCGUCGUAACCGUGAGAGAUUAGGUACAAGCAAAUGGAUGGCGCCUGAAGUCAUUCGUGAACAGCCGUAUGAUGAAAAGAUUGAUAUGUGGUCCUUGGGUAUUACACUCAUUGAGAUGAUGGAUCGUGUUCCGCCUCAUUACCUCUUGAAAGAUGAAACCGAACUGUUUACUGCUAUUUUGAGUGAACCCAGCCCCACCUUCACCUACAGCUAUCCCACCAUGUACAUGAGAGGCCUUGUUGCUUGGCUAUUAGAUGAAGCGCCCUCUACAAGACCACAUGCUGUCGAUGUUUUACAGGAAAUUGAUGUUCACAUCCAAAGCAGAUUAUUGCAAUGUGCUACUUCAAAUGAUUUAGCUAGAUUUGUUAAUCAUGUUUUAUCUCCAAAAGCUUCUUCUUCUUCUUCUUCUUCUUGA